AUGCCCUUGCCCGCGUUGAAGUCCCUCUUGAAAUUUUACAGCACAGCUGGGAAGAGGAAACGCCGUAAGACACUGGAGAAUUUGGAGAAGGCAAGGAACGGACUGUUAAGUCUCGAUCCAUUGGUACGUGAGGAAAACAGGAUAAUCCCUCCACUGGAUUUGAAGGCUCACACAUUGCGAGAAGAGUUAGAACUUCCCGAAAGGGACGAUUUUCAAGAGGAAUUUGGUGCACAUCUCCCCUCUGCACCUGCCGAAAUGGAGACGCUUUUUGAUCUCUUUAACGCCAUUCCACCCGAGGAAUCUGCUCCGGGCGAGCAGGCGAGUGCUGCGAGAAACGGCAGCCCUGUCGGGCCGGAAGGACAAACUAUCACUGCUGCUCCCGAAGUAACUGGCGAGAAUGUUAUUGGUGGCGAGAAUAUUGCCGGCGCCGAGAAUGUUGCCGGUGCCCAAAAUGUUGUCGCAGAGGAGAAUGUUCCGGAUGAAAAUGCAGCUGUAUGCAAACUUUUACGUGAAUCAUUUGUCUUUUUAAUUACUAUUCUUUGUAAAAAAAACAAUUUUUCUGACUUGUACAAUGUAAUUCAAUAUUUUCCUGGUCGAUAA